AUGUGGACUCGUGGUUAUCCCGUGGAAAUAGAAAGUAAUUCGACUGAAGCAAUAAUGUACGUGAAUCCGCCGUCAUGGCCUAAACCUGGGCCGGCGACUUCGUGGAAAGUGAACGAUGAAACGGAUGCAGUGGAACAAGUGCGUGCGCGUUGUAAUAGGAAGUUCAGUAUGACCUGUCAAGCGUCAUUCGUCGACUUUAUUCAGGAAGAGUGCUUCCAUCACUGGGUCGAGUGUCGGAAAAGAAGUUUGAAUGUUGUAAUAAACAUGUGGGGGCGAUUGGCUGCACUGUAUCACGUUGUCACGUAUGGAGUGGCACACGACCCGGGAUUAACGGGCCUCUCAAGGGAUAUGUGCGUCCACGUCAUCGCCGCGGUGGAAUCUAUUCAGUGGAUGCAGAGAUGUGCUUCACGACGGCCGGUCUCGAAUUGA